CAAAUGCAUCACGCGAGUCUUCGGCUAGAAGUACACGCCAAGUUCACAAUGCGUGAUAAUGUGUUAAAUUUUGCUGAAGAUUGUACGAAUAUAGACUUUACUUAUUAUUUAGUACACAAGAUUUAAUGAAUAUUUUUCUGUGUUUAGCAUUUUGCAAUUUUUCCCACUUCGUCUCGUAGUUGAAUUCCGAUCUUCUAAUCUAUGCUCCCCUUACCAACUCCAAUCUACUUGGCGGCUUGGCCGAGGUUCAUUUUGAGCUUGCUGCGAAGCUGCGUCGGGGUGGCCCGGGCCUGCUCAAGGUCGAUAGAUCUUUAGAUUUGUCGCGGUGCAUAAAGUCUUCCUUUGUGCUUGUCUCGUACGUCGACCGGCUAUGACUUUUCAGCAGACCGUUCCCACACUUUUGCUUCUCUCAUACGUCCCAUUUUGUGGUCGCUACACCCCAAAUCACUCACCUCCACACAAUUAGUAUGUAGUCGGAGAUUUUUCCUUCUCUCAUCAUCAUUAUUUGAAAAAACGAAGCAGAGCCACGGGAAGGAUUCCUCUCAUCUUUAUCUAUCGUUCUUUUACUUCUCAACUCUAAACACUAGAUUUGCUUGACUCCUUCGUGCUCUCUUCUAUUGCAUAAACUAUGUACAAGAAUCAACUCCUCCUCCUCCUCCUUUUUCUACAUCGAUCUUUUAGCAUCGCCAUCGAAAAAAAUCGGUGCACCAUCUCUUGUGGCGAGGUCACAAACAUAAGCUGCCCGUUUCGGCUGAGGGGCGACCCCAAGAGCUGCGGCGACCACAAAUAUGAGCUAGCAUGUGUAAAUAACCGCACUGUUUUGGAUUUGUACUCGGGCCAGUACUACGUACGGCACAUUGACUAUACCAACUUCACCAUUAGGAUCGCCGAUGUCGGGCUGCAAAAGGGCAAUUGCUCGUCUCUUCCUCUCCGCUCUUUGUCGUGCCCCGACUUCUGGUACAAACUGGAUUGGUGGUAUGAAUGUGGGCAAUACACGUACAAGGGUCUAAAGUUAUCCAAGACUGUGGCGAUCAUGGAUUGCACUAAGGUUGUUGAUUCUCGAUUUAACAUCGAGGCUUCCUCAUGCCUUGAUGGGAUCAAAUUUUUAAAUUCCUCUAGUACGAGAAGGCGAGUAUAUGCCAUGGUCGAUGUGAAUGUCUCGUAUGUGGAAACUUCAUGCACUGUAGAGCUUAUGGCAAUGAUACCAUGGUGGGCUGAUGGCAACAAUCUUCGUUCCUAUGCGCAAAUUCAUGAUCUGAUGGUUUAUGGGUUUGAGCUUUCCUGGCUUCCAAUUGCUUGUAAGAUUUAUUGCAAACAUUAUUAUGAGUGCGACAUCAGCGGCAAGCACCAAAUUCCGUGCAGCUUCAAGAAAGGACAAAUUAUCAUCGACUACCUCAUCGCUAUCGGCCGGGUUACAGCGUUGAUCUUGGUCUGUGGCAUCGUGCCAUUCAUGGUUGUGAAAUUCAUCUUGGGAGCCCCAUGCGUGAUGAUGUUGCUAGUACGCAAAUGGAGGAGAAGACACUUAGCAAUGGAUCAAAAUGUCGAAGAAUUUUUGCAAUCUGACAUUAACUUCUUGCCUAUAAGAUACUCUUACUUGGACAUCAAGAAAAUCACGGGCGGUCUUAAGGACAAAUUAGGCGAGGGAGGGUAUGGUUCCGUGUUCAAAGGAAGACUCAGAAGCGGUCGCGUUGUUGCGGUGAAGAUCCUGAAGAAGGGGAAAGCGAACGGGCAAGACUUCAUCAGCGAAGUGGCUACCAUCGGAAGAAUUUAUCAUGUUAAUGUGGUUGGACUCAUUGGUUUUUGCUUUGAAGGCUCCAAACAAGCUCUCGUCUACGAUUUCAUGCACAAUGGGUCUUUGGAUAAGCACAUUUUCUCACGAGGAGAGGGGACUUCUCUCGAUUGCAAGGAAGUGUACAAGAUUGCUCUCGGAGUGGCUAGAGGAAUCGAGUAUCUUCAUCGAGGAUGUGAUGUGCAAAUUCUACACUUUGAUAUUAAGCCUCACAACAUUCUUCUUGACAAGGAUCUAACCCCAAAAGUUUCCGACUUUGGGCUCGCGAGAUUGUAUUCCCCGGACCACAACACCGUGUCUCUAACUGCCGCAAGAGGAACCCUGGGAUACAUGGCUCCGGAGCUAGUCUACAAGAACCUUGGGGGCAUCUCUUACAAAGCCGAUGUCUAUAGUUUCGGUAAAUUGUUGAUGGAAAUGGCUAGUGGGAGGAAGAAUGUAGACGCAGAUGCAGAGUAUUCCAGUCAAAUUUACUUUCCUCUAUGGGUUCAUGACCAACUUAGUGAGGCAUCGAAAGUUCCGGUGGAAGAAGUUAGCGAGGAGGAUAAGAAAAUAGUAAAAAUGAUGAUGAUAGUUGCUCUUUGGUGCAUACAGUUGAAUCCUGGUGAUCGCCCUUCGAUGCAUAAAGUCUUAGAAAUGCUCGAAGGAGAAGCAGAUGAUCUACAAGUACCUCCCAAGCCACUCUUUUUUCCAACGGAAAUGUCAACAAGGGAUGAUGGAACUUGGACCGACAAAGGCAAUGAUACUAUAUCCACUUCAACUAUUGCAACAACUUAUGAAGCUUCUCAUCUUGACCAUACUAAUGCUAGUAUUACACAAGCAUGGAUAAAUACCAAUAGCAUUUAAUCCGUUCACAUUUGUGGCAAACAGAAUCGGCUCGUAUUAAUGAUGUUUUGUGUGUAGCUCCCCUUUCAUGGCCAUCAUGAGAUUGUAUGUAUCUGUGACUAUUUUAAUGGAUCAUAUUUACGAUUGUAUCA